AUGGACAUGCAGCAGCGGCGGUCGGCCAGCGAAGGCCGAAACACAGCCAGCAAAUGGUAUCGAUCAGUCACGCCGCAUGUACAGAGCCAGGACAGAGAUAGUCUAGACGACUGGCGGCGAGCCUAUGACAACAGGUUCAAUGUCACCUCACUGCAGUACAUGCACCGCCACGUGGGCGACUGCGUUGAUCAGGUCUAUCGGACACAUGCAGAAAAGCAGGAUUACUUCCGGCAACAUCAGUUGCCCAACUUGACUUGGAUGGACCUGCAUCUGAUGACGCAUGACCGAUCGCUGCGUCAGCGGCAGCCCGCGUACUUUGGAGAUGUGGGGGGACCUCCGCGAAUCGGGGUCUUAGGAAAGCGGCACGCGACUCCCUUAGCCAACCGCGUCCUGCAGCCGAAGCUGAACCUGGGAAGCAAGGCUCUGCGAGGCUAUGGCUCCAACUUUGGGAAGUGA